AUAAACUCUUGGUCACGUGAUGAAGCACUUCUUCUGAGGUUAUUAAUGCUUGCAGCAGCCAAGCAAAGUUUCAGAACUCAGGAACCUGGUUGAUGAACUGUGUUCUCAGAGCGUUGGGAAGCCCAAAAUUGUUUGCAGAGUCACGUUCUGACUACCCUCAAAAAGUUUUGACACUCACAAUGGAUCAUCCAAACAUGACCCAGACCUUGGUUGCCAGUGAAAGUUCUGGUCCUGCUGCUUCCACUUUAGCAAAAGAAGGAGAAAAUGGCAAUGAAUACUUCUACAUCCUGAUUGUCAUGUCCUUCUAUGGAAUCUUUCUAAUGGGGAUCAUGCUGGGCUACAUGAAGUCCAAGAGGAAAGAAAAGAAAUCCAACCUGCUGCUGCUCUACAAGGAUGAAGAGAGGGAAUGGGGACAAGCUGUCAAACCCAUGCCAACCAUCUCAGGUCUGAAGUCCGUCCAGAUUCCCAUGAUGUUCAGCAUGCUGCAAGAGAGCAUGGCACCAGCUCUCUCCUGCACCUUGUGCUCCAUGGAGGGAAGCAGUGUGAGUGAGUCUUCCUUGCCAGAUGUUCACCUCACUAUUGAAGAGGAAGUUCCAGAUGCUGAACUGGGGGAAACAGCUGAAGUUGCUCUUCUCAAUGACAGCUCUGAAGGCUCUUCUGAAAGCAUCCACCAGAAUUCCUAGCACUUGGAGGCUCUAGGGACACAGUGUCUUUGUAAACCAGAGGUGAAGAUUUCUAGAUUUGCCUCCUUCCCUCAGUGAUCUCCGCUAGGGACGGAAAGAGUGACUAGUUGUUGUGGGCAGGAGGCAGGGAGCAGAGCAGCAAACACAAAAAUAAUGUAUAAUAGAAUGACUUUGUUGUUUUGGUUGGAGGGAUUUUUUUCUCCCCAGGCAAUUAUGUUUUUAUAGCUUCUGCUUCCUUCACAAUUUUAGAAACAUCUGGGAAGUAGUUGAGAUUUAUAUAAGAGACAGGUUUGUGAAUGAUUUGUGUUUUGACAGCUAGCCUCAUUGAUCUGUGCUUAAUUAAUAUUUUAUCUGGUUCCUUAAAGGCUUCCUGUGUCUAAAAGGGACUUUUAAACAAAACAGUUUUUGUUAGAAAUCUGGCCACAAAGGAUAAGAAUAAUGUGAUGCAAGAGGAAAGUCUUUGCUUCAAUCAGUGGCUGAGCAGAAUUCUUGAUUCUCAGAUAGUGGCAACUAUGUGGGA